ACAUUUCAUCAUCCGCUGAGGAGGAAAAGCAGCACGGCAACCUAGGGUUCCCGAAAGCAACGGUUAAAAGGCUAUUUCUUCUGACUAUAAAGAGUCGUGUGAUUGGCUGGUUAGCGGUUUGUUGCUAAAUAGGAGGCUGGCUGGUGAGCUAGCAACAGCUUUUGUGUUUUAUUCGAAUUGAAAGAGCCGAAGAGGCCGAGAUGGAGUUUUAAGGCAAUGAUGCGGUAACUGCACGGCAUCGGCAUGCACCAGGCACAGAAAAGCGAUUUUCGGGACUGCACCAUCACAACUGCCAAGCAGUUGGGCUCUAAUACCGUCCGCGGUAUAGCCGUGAGCCAACCGAUACCUCUCCUACUUGACAGGAGGAAGCUAACGUUAGCUAGUUAGCCUGUGGGCCCAUUCAACUUAGCUGUUACAUCAAACCGUAACGUUACACUAUUACCCUUCCUAUUCUCAUACCAUACUAAGAUGAAACCUCAAGACGUCGUCGCUGUAAAAUCCAGCUUGUGGAUCUUCGGUUACGGCUCGUUGGUUUGGAAACCAGACUUUAAGUACAAGAGGAGCAAGGUCGGUUACAUUAAGGGGUACAAGAGACGCUUCUGGCACGGAGAUAAUUUUCAUCGUGGAGAUGAUGAAAUGCCCGGAAGAGUGGUGACGCUCAUCGAGGAGGAUGACGCAUGCACCUGGGGUGUUGCCUUCGAGGUGACUGGCUCUCAGGUCGAAGAGUCUCUCAAGUACCUGAACGUGAGGGAGGCGGUGAGAGGAGGCUACCUGACCCAGGCCUUAGAGUUCUUUCCGCAGGGCAUGAAUCAGUCACCUGUCCAGGCUCUGGUGUAUAUCGCCACAGCUGACAACCCUAUUUACCUGGGGCCUGCAAGUACGGAGGAAAUCGCUGCUCAGAUCGCUGUGUGCAAGGGGAAGUCGGGCCACAACAUCGAGUACCUGCUUCGCCUGGCGGAGUUCAUGAGAGUCAGCUGCCCUGAUGUCGACGACCCUCACCUGUUCUCUAUCGAGGCAGCUGUUCUCACCACCAUUAGACCCAUAUUGUUAGCAUCUCAGUAACCUGUAUCUUCU